AUAACAAAAAAUACUACAAAUCAAUAUGACCACUCAACACAUAACCACUUUGCCGGUCGUUGACCGUGAAAGAUACCUACAAAAGCUUAAUUCAAUCAAUAUAGAAACAUGUCCCUUCAGUCUCCCGACAUGGUGCAACAACCCCACUCAGUGGCCAGAAGUGUCAUACCCGGACAUUUACACGUAUCUCAUCGAGUCUCCAGGUAAGUAACUAAAUUGUUUUCCUGUAUUUUUGGAGGCACACAUAUUUUUCACUGAUGGAUGGGUGCAGACAAUCUAUCAUAAUAAACCUGAUGAAUCAGAUUGCACCAUCUUUAAGACCCAAGUCAAGCCAUCUUAUAAAGUUACUGAAAAGUGUCACAACACCUGGGUUGCUGUCAGAAGUGACGGGAAUAUCCUUGCCGCCCAUUGUGACUGCAUGGCAGGACUUGGAGAAACCUGCUCACAUGUUGGGGCAGUACUUUUUAAGUUGGAAGCCUGUGUCCGCCUGGGAUACAACAAAGUUGCAUGUACCAGUGUUGCCUGUGCCUGGAAUGGUGUCUCAACCAAAACAAUUGAGCCUGCAAUGAUUAAGGACAUUGAAUUCUACAGUGAGCAAGCCAAAAAAAAAAGAAAUGUUAAAAAAAGAAGACCCAUUCCAAAAGCCUCAGCCGCACAGCAAAAUCAAUUCCUGCAAAUGCUCUGUAACACCAAGGAGCUUCCCAUUGGUCUCAGCUCUUUUAAAAGCUAUGCUGAUGUCUUUGCCCCUAUACCCUGGUACAACAACUUGGAAGGUUUCACGGAAGAGCAGUGUUCUUUUGUGGAAGAAGAGACAAAAGGACAAGCAGCCUGUAAAGCUUGGCAUCGGCAUCGCGUGGGCCGGAUCACAGGUUCAACUGCACAUAGGGUUUUGCACACAUCCCUUGACAGGCCAUCAAAAGCACUAAUUAAUGACAUCUGUAGUUGCUCAUCCAUCGUUCUUGGCGUUCCGUCUUUGCAGUGGGGCAAGGACCAUGAGGUGGAUGCCAUUAAUACCUAUAAAUAUGUUCUCGGUCUGUGCAGUGCUACACCCAACACGUCACCUUGCAUCAUUGUUUCAGAGGACAUUUCAAAACCCCACAAUAACCUAAAGGUAGACACAGCUGGGUUUAGAAUAUCUCAGGAGAGGCCUUACAUCGGGGUGUCAUGUGAUGGAUAUGUCUCAUGUGAGUGCUGUGGCAAUGGCGUGGUGGAAGCCAAGUGUCCCUUUAAGUGGGCAAAUGAGGGUUCUACCAACUGGACAGAGGGCCACCUGGACACACUGAUCUCCUUAAAAAAAAUCAUACAUACUAUACACAGGUCCAGAUGCAGAUGUUCACCUGCCAUGCAAAAUAUGCAGAUUUUAUAACAUGGACCCCACAGCAGAGCAGUAUCUUCCGUGUUGCCAGAGAUGAGGAUUUCAUCGUGAAAAGCCUAGAUGUAAUAAGCAGGUUCUGGGCUGGACAUAUAUACCCACGUCUGACAGGAGCCUCAUCCACCACAAUGGACCAGGAAGUGGUUUGAUUUAAAAAAGGGACUUCACGAACUGGACAGGAAGUGGGCCAUCAAGAACAUGGAACCUAUUCUUCAGUGCACCAAUGAUGCGUUCUACAAGUAAAACAACAUAGAUGAAACCAUGAUUGCAUUCGAAAUGUGUAGUGUUUGUACAGGAGUAUGGGUAUUUUGCAGUGUGUGUGUUGGUGGGGGCAGAAGGGUGGUGGAUGGGUGGUAGAGAGGAAUGUUGUGUGUGGUGUGUAGAAAGAUGUAUAACAGAUCCAUGGGGUAGUGGGGGAUGUAUGAAGUGCUGAAAGUUAAGUGU